AUGCCAGACAUGGAAGCUGACGAUCGGGGGAAGAGCGAUGAUUAUUACUUGGAGCUGUCUCCUGAUCCUAUCAGGUUCGAAUCAGUCAGCUGCCUCACGAAUGUGUUUUUCGAUGAUUCGAAGCAGCAAGUAUUUGCGAUUCGCUCAGGAGGCGUUACAGGAGUGCUCGUUAAGGGCCCGAAUCAGAAUCUAAACUUUCGAAUGGAGGACAAAGGCCCAGUGAUAUCCAUCAAGUUCUCUCCUGACAUGAAUGUACUUGCGAUCCAGCGUACUAACUCGUCGGUGGAGUUUGUUAAUUACUCCUCGGUUUCUGGUUUGGAUCACGUUGAAUACUCUCAAUCGUGCAAAGGAAAGAAUGCCACGAUCCUGGGCUUUGUGUGGACUCACGGCACUGAGAUACUUGUAGUCACGGAUCACGGAGUAGAAUUGUUUCAAGUUAAUCCAGAGAAACGUAAUGUUAGAGCAUUAAAAAAUUUAAGUUUAGGUGUAAAUUGGUUUGUAUUCUGUCCCAAAAGUUACCUGGUAGUAUUGUCAUCUGGCACAGUUGGUAAUCAAAUACAAGCGUUGCAUAUUACACCUGGUAAUCUUCACAAGUUGACCAAAUUUGAAAUUGAACAUGGCGUAACAAAACCAGGGAAAUUGGCCGUUUCUGAAAGGGACGUAGCAUUGGCUGUGUUGUAUGGAACUCCUUCUAUUAUUUUGUUGCGGCAUCAACCAGGAGCCAACCGCUCAAUGGGCACGGCAUUUGUAUAUGUCUACACUGUACACAAAAUGAUGACCAUUAAGAAGAGUCAUAUGUUGAAACUGGACGUUGGUGGCAGAUUUGCUAUAAAUGUUGUUGAUAAUCUUAUUAUGGUCCAUCAUCAAGCUUCAAAGACGUCAAUGAUAUUUGACAUCAUGCUGUCUGGUGUGAGUGAUGGAACAGUAAUGCAUCAUACAAGUAUAACUACAGCGAAACCGAUUAAGCCGUUCAAUCUUAAAGUACCAGGUGCAACAUUAUCUGAUCAGAUGUAUCAACCGUGCCAAUUAUAUUCUCCUAAUUGGGUCGUUUUUCAGCCAAAUAUAAUAAUUGAUGUAAAAUUGGGUUGUUUGUGGUAUAUCGAGCUUAGAUUGGAAGCUUUGGUGAAAUUAAUCACGGAUAAAGUACUUUUGGUAGAAUUUUUAAUACAACGGUCAAACGCUAAACAGAUAUUAAUACAAGUCUUGCAGAGUUUUAUGACUCAGUUACCUGUAAGUUUAAUGGAAAUGCCGACCAUAUUCGAUAAACUUAACUCUGUGUAUAGAAAUUAUUUAGAAAAUGAAAUACAAAACCAGAUGGGAACACCUCUGCAGAAUAAUGUUAAAAAUGUAACAACAGUGGCUGAAAAUUUUAAAUAUAAACUAUUGCUCGAUCAGAGCGACAUGUAUAGUCAUAUAUUAUCUAAAUUUCCUGAAAAUACAAUAGAACCAAAAAUGAUAAUAUGGGUCCUACUCGAAUAUAUUAGAUCGUUAGCUGAACACGGAAUACCGGUGCAACAUUACUUGCACGAAUUGGUUAUCACAACGUUGGUACAUCGAAAAGCUUACUAUCAGCUCCAUCAGUUAUUACAAUAUCACGUCGUUGCAGAUUCAAAGCCUUUAGCUUGUUUGCUGCUGUCUCUGGAAAAUUUAUAUCCGGCGGCGCAUCAAUUGGCCUUGGACAUGUUGAAACGACUGGGAAAUGCACAUGAGGAAAUAAUCGAAGUGCUUUUAUCUAAAGGACACAUCUUGGCUGCCUUACGAUAUGUUCGGUCGGUCGGAAUGGCAGAUCAAGUGUCUGCAAGAAAAUUCUUGGAAGCAGCGAAAGCUACCGACGAUGCAACGCUCUUUCAUUCGGUCUUUAAAUUCUUCGAGCAGCGUAACUUGAGGCUACACAAUACUAUGGCUUUCACAAAGGGGGAACAUUGCCAGCCAUAUGUACAGCAUUUCAAAUAUCUAUUCCAAGGAACGGACAAUGAGUGCAAUUCGGACACGAACUCAAAUGUUACCACUAUCUCUUCGUAGAAAUCCUAUAUUAGUGUUCACAAGAAAAUAAUCCAUUUUAUUUUUAUUUAAUGUAGCUAAUAGAGAAUUUACGUAUCAUAGCUGCUUUGUAACUUGUAAAUUCUUAUAGUGUUGUACAAAUAUAUAUUGUUAUGGAUUAUUUAUUAUGAGAAAGAGAAUAAAAAAUUAAGAAGAAUUUGUAAGU